AUGCACAAAAAGAGAGAUACGAGUGAUGAUUCAAGUGAUGACUCUCUUGAAGAUAUGAAAGAAUCAACUGAUUAUGAUAUGAGAUUGAAACCAAAUCAUCCUGAAUUACCAAUGUGGGUUAGUUCCAAUUUACGAAUAGUAGUUGAAACAUCUAAUGACAUGUUUAAAGAAGUCAGUGAUUAUCUUUCAAGAGUAGCUCAAGUCAAAAGUAGAAUGGAACACAUGCACGAAUAUCAACUUACACCAACAAGCAUCAUGACUGCAUUUUCAUUUGGAUCAACACCUGAAGCAAUGAUUUCAACAUUAGAAAAAUACUCAAAAAAUUAUCUUCCUGAUAAUGUUAAAAGUCAAAUCAGACAAGCUGGAGAAAAGAAACAAAAUUUUCGAUUGGUUUUAAUCAAUGGAAAAUACUAUCUUCAAGCUGAAAGUCAAGAACAAAUGAAAAAAGUUAUGGAAGAAAAUUUUAAACAAUUUUAUGAAGGAUCAGCACGUGAAGUAAAAGAGAGUGAUGAGUUAUACCGAGAACUUGAUUUAGACCAUCAUGUAUUUAUUAUUGAAGUAAAACAAACAUCAGUAUUUAAACUAAAGAAAAAAUGUAAAAAGAAAAAAGUUAGAGUAUAUGAGGAAUAUCACUUUUUAAGAGAUAAACAAAAAGAACUUCCUAUUCAAUUAAGAAAAGAUUGUUUACGUCCUCAUCAAGAAAGAGCUUUACAACAAAUAUUUGAUAAUGAAAUGGCACGAAGUGGAAUUGUUGUGUUGCCUUGUGGUGCAGGAAAAACCUUAACAGCUAUUGCUGCAUGCUCAAAAAUUAAACGGUCUACUAUUGUUUUAACUCAUACAACUCAAAGUGUUUUUCAAUGGAAAGAAGAGUUUUUAAAAUGGUCAACAAUUAAACCUGAUGCAAUUAAGUUAUGUGUUUCUAGUAAAAAAGAACAACUUGGGGAUGAUGCAUGUGUAUUAAUUACUUCAUAUUCAAUGCUUUCACAUACUGGAGAAAGAGAAUAUGCUGGUCAAAGAAUUAUUGAUGAUUUGUUAAAGAGAGAAUGGGGAUUUAUUAUAUUUGAUGAAGUCCAUGGUUCUACAACAGAUAAUAUUGAAAAAUUUGUAUGUAAAAUUAAAGCUCAAUGUAAAUUAGGAUUAACUGCUACAUUAAUUCGUGAAGAUGAUAGAAUUCGUGAUUUAGAAUUUAUGAUUGGUCCAAUGUUGUAUGAAGCGUCAUGGCAAGAACUUGCAAAACAAGGUUAUAUUGCAAAUGCUAAAUGUUUUGAGGUGAUUUGUCCUAUGACAAAAACAUAUUACUCUGCUUAUGUUGAGGCAGACGAUAGUAAACUUAAACAAUGUUUAGCACAACUCAACCCAAAUAAAAUAGAUGCAUGUAAAUACUUAUUAGAACAACACAAGGCACAUGGUGAUAAAAUUAUCAUCUUUUGUAAUGAGUUAAAACCAGCUGGAUUUUAUAAAGAAAAAUUAAAAUUACAAAAAUGUUACAUGGAUGGUAACACUUCUGAAGAGCAUAGAAGAAAUUUAUUAGACCAAUUCAGAAGAGAUGAAAUUAGUGUUAUUUUUUGUUCCAAGAUUGGAGAUGUUGGAUUAGAUCUUCCUGAUGCUUCAGUAGCUAUUCAACUUUCAUCAAGUUCAGGAUCACGAAGACAAGAGGCUCAACGAUUAGGAAGAAUUUUAAGAGCAAAGGAUGGAACAAAUAGUGCUUAUUUCUAUACAUUAACAUCCAAAGAUACAAGAGAAAUGUAUUUCUCUCAAAGAAGACAACGGGUUAUGAGACAAAAUGGAUAUACUUUUAAAGUUAUUGAUUCAGCUGUGAUUAAACCACUUCGAAAGGAAGACCCUGCUAAAGAGGGAAAGGACAUUAAUUAUGUAACUGAAAUGCUUAAAAAGAAAGAUGAGAAAGGUGUUAAAGAAGUUGUGAAAAAGACAAAAAAGAAAACAUAA